CUGAAGUGGUUGAACACUAGUGGCGCCACAAUGGAAUCUACUUUCGGCAACAUCUUCCUUUUUCUCACCGAAUUGGCAUGGAAAAGUCGCCUGACCAUGCCGAUUCUGGUUACCACCGCGUUUCUGGUUAUGGACAUACGCUUGCAGAUUGAAAUCAACAUACAGUCGGGACAAUUUAAUGCAAGCGAUUUGGAUGAUGCUGAUGAUGUUUUCGACGACCAACUGGGAGCGCAUGAUGAACACGACUUGGGCGAGGACAGUGGCAGCGACAGCUAUUCCGACGAUCUUGAGUACAACAGCGAGUACUCCAAUGAGGAUGGCAACAACAGCGAAGCUUCCCACUACAGCCUGUACAUGCACGACCCCUGGGGCUCCGACUGGGAGGCCGAAGAAGAUGUCGAUGCCAAUUAUCCGCACGAAAUGCCACUCUAAAGCGCAUAAAACAUAUAAAUUUAAGAAGUAACUGG